AUGUUGGCAACAGUAGCUCUCGGUUUUCUAGCUCGCAGCCGAAGAGAUUCUGCAGCUGAUAAUGUUUUAAAGCUCCAAGCAUUUUGGGCACCUUUCCUUCUGCUGCACCUUGGUGGCCCCGAUACUAUCACAGCUUACGCCUUAAAUGAUAAUGAGUUUUGGCUAAGACACUUUCUUCAGUUUGUGUUCCAAGUUGGAGUAGCAUUUUAUGUCUUUAUACCAUCUUGGAGGAACAAAGAUGCUUUCAGAUUUAUGGCCAUUCCAGUGUUUAUUGCUGGAAUAAUUAAGUAUGGAGAGAGAAUUUUGGUGCUCUACUCUUCAAGCGCCAAGCAAGUUAAAGAUUCCUUGCGUUCACCUCAUGAUUUUUCCAAUGAUCCUCUAAAACUAGAGAAUCGUGAGAAAAAAGAAGGGUCUGAAAAGAAGUCAACAGAUCCUUCAAACCUAGAGGACAAAAAAGAAGAGUGUCUCUAUGCCGAUUUAGUUCUCGAUCAUGAUGAAAGAAAAGAAACUUACUCUCUUCUCAGCAAGAAGUCAGCCAAAGAAGCCUUCAAAUUGGUAGCAACUGAGCUUGGAUUCAUGUAUGAUUCUUCCUAUUCACCAAGUGACAUCUCCAUAACUUAUGUACUAUUAGUUGGAGCUAUCUUUCUGGAGGUUUAUGCAUUCAUCGUGCUUCUUUUCUCUGACUGGACAAAAUAUUGGUUGACCAAGCGUAAUUAUAUGUCCAUUAAUAAAUGUUCUAUUGGUUUACUCUCCAACGACAACAAAAGGUGGUCAGGAUCCAUUGGUCAGUACAAUCUAUUAAAUUUUUCUCUUUUUGAGUACAAAUUUUUCGAAACUUCCUCGAUGAUGGAAGAGACUAUGAAGCGAUUUGGAAUCAAAGAACUGAUAGAGAAGUGCGGAUAUUUGAGUUGGAAAGAAGUGGAUAAUGGCCUGCUAGAAAUGAUCUUCAAACAGUUUCUUGAGAAAAGCAAAGACAUUAAAGAAGAUCCUUUUGAUAACAAGAAAUUGAAAGAAUUGUUAGGUUGGAGAGGUGAUUAUGUGCUAAGCAAAAGCAACUAUGUUAAUGAAUCUCAUGGGAGUACAAUUGAGGUGGAGUUUGAUUACUGUCUUCUUCUUUGGCACAUCACUACUGAUCUUUGUUGUUACGAUGAUAUCCGUAACCUGAAAGAGGUCAAAAACCUCCACCAGAAUGCAAAAUUAGCAAAGGGUUAUCAGAUUAUAUGUUAUAUCUUUUAA